AUGACUUCCCGUCCCGCCCAAGGCGCGCAAGACCCUGUGCAACACCGCGGGAAUGCGCCUGCGUCGUCGGCGGCGCGGUGGGCGGCAGGCCAUCAUGGCCAGGACACGGCAGUAGAGCACGACCGCACCGCUGGAGAACCGCCGACCAAACCCAAACCCAAGGGCAAACCAGGCCCGCUCGAUGGCCUACAGACCAAUACCAGCGAGUAUAUGCGCGCCCCUCCCAAGGGCAAGCCUCAGCUCUUCUUCAGCGUAGCCGCCAACAGCGGUUUCGAGUCCUCGGAACCCAGUCCGACGACUUCAGCACUACCGGUCCCCCCACGACCAAGCUUGUCCAUGCCCGCCGAGGCUCUCCAUCAGCGUCGUAUGGUCCCUGGAGGUAGUGGCGUAAAGGCUGAUCCGUCUACGGUAAAGUCUGUAAACCAGGAUACUUCAGCCUCGGCCGCCGUUCUCCCGGGGGGAAAAGCCGCCGACCUGUUCCCGUGGACGGGCAGCCAUCCCGAAGAUGUGCUCUCCGAGGCACUUGUCAAGGGUGGGAUUAGCAACAAGUCUCAGAUCCACAACGAGACGAACACGGCGCGACCUUCACUAUGGGCGAACUUGAAGAACAAAUCUGGCACGUCGACGCUGUCAACAUUGUUCAUUGCUGUCCUUGAAAAGCGCCAAUCAUGCAGUCGUCUCGUUGCGCCCAACACCUUUAAACCGCCUCCGCGUUUGACUUUACGCGACUCCACUCGAGAGACAUGGCUGCAUGACUUGGCCAAUCCCGCAGUUGGACUACGCCGAUUGAGUCGUACUAUCCCGCACGGCAUCACCGGCAAGGUCCUCCUUGACCAAUGUCUCAAUAAGAACAUUCCCAUCCCUCGGGCUUUAUGGCUAGCGAAGUGCGUGGGAAUCAACGAGAUGCGGGCUCAUAAGCGGAAGGGCCAGGCAGGCACAAUUACCUGGGUACGAGGAUGGACAAGCUCGGUUGAACAGUUUCUGGAUGGCGUAAUAGCAACCAUCGGGCAGCAAGACUGGAAGAUUCGCAUCACAUAUGCUCUGCAGCUUGCGGCACAUUUGUUCAAAGAACACCUUAUGGAAGAAGACCAUUUCAUGGACUGGAUUCUUAACAGUCUUGACUCUUGCUCCUCGGAGCGGUUGUUCCUUUGGCUGCUAAUAACCUGCAUCCCCGACUUUUGGUCCAGUCUCAUAUCCUUCCGUCGUCGCGGCAAACGUUUGGCAGAAUCACUACUGAGUCAUGCUGAGAGUAUUUAUACCUCAGGCGAUGAGACCCGAGAGACAACUGUUCUUGGCCUGCUUGAGAGCAUCAUAGCUCGGGUCGCUGUCCACAAGCCCGCAUGCCUUCUGCUUCCUGAUGAUUGGGACAGGUGCAAGGAGGUGCUGCACAUCUUUGAGCAGCGUCGAGCACACUCUAAAUUUUCUCAACUUAUAGCCGACUUGGACCACAGAAACAGGGAUAUCAUGCACUCUAGAAGCCUCGGAUCUUCGUCAUCACAACAAUCAUUCCGCACAUUGUACAGACUGUUGGACGGCUUGGACUAUGAGGCGGAUAUCUCCGUAGACAAUCUGGCUUACGAUUGCAUGGAUUUGUUUUCUGAUCAGAAGGUUCUUAUCUCGGCCGUCCUGCAAUGGGCAUCAACACUUUAUCGGCAAGGUCUGCACCGCGUAUAUCUCGUUACACGCUUACUACGCAAAUGGAACCAAAUCGGUAUAGAUGUUUCCGAAGGCAUCCUGAGAUAUCUGCCGCAAGUGGCUUUAGAUCGUAGCAAAGAGUGGGAACUUAUCUUCAAAGUCGUGAGCGAAUUGGUCCGCUCAAGAACGUUUUCGUUGGGGAAAUAUCUUCAAUGGCUAAUAGCGACUGGCUCGAUGGAUCCAGCUCAGGAUCUCCACGCGGGAAAUGCUUGGCAACUUCGUCUUCUGACUGAAGUUCCACUGAGUGGUCUUUCUGAGCAAGUGCUGAACCUAAGAAGCACAAUGCUUCGUGGCACAGUUUACUCAGUCGAUAUAGAAGACGGUCUCAUUCUCGGUGCGAAAGAGGCCAUUUUGCAACAGCUGACAGACCUUACGUGUGCGAGCAACAAAAGCAUGCGUAAAAUGACCCUUGAUAUUGGGCGCCUCAGUCGAACAAUGCAUCUUGACAUAGCCAUCUGGUUACGACGACAAGUCGCGGCAACGGUUGAAGCCAGCGACAGUGCACCGACGAAAGAGAGCAGCAUGUUCAUGGCAGGUUCAAUCUGCACGAUCUCGUCUUCCUGUUUCGAGACUGUUCGAUAUUACCUUGAACAGUUUAAAGAUUUGUCCAUCCUAGCAGAUGUUGUCGGCAUUGCCGCUACCUCAUUUGACUCACACGUUCUGAGCGCUUCUGCCGAUACGCUUGAUUAUCACUUCAAGGCCUUCAAGGCCAUUAGCGCCUUCAACCCGCUUUUCGAGAAAAUAGUGUUGAGAUACACCCAGAUCCGAGCGAUGCGCCUUCCUGAAAGAAAAUUGCUACUCAGCAUCAGUGCCCUGACUCAUUUGACGCAUGACGACUCACAACUCAGGCAGCUGUUGGACUAUGAUCUUAAUCGUUACGAUCAGCGGAACUCUCUCGCCGUGUGUUCACCAGUAUCAGACACCAUGAUCGAAAACGUCACAGGUUCAGAUCCAGAAGACGAAAUAGAGCGCAUUCUAUCCAGCGGCAACAGCAUGGACCAACAUAUGAUGAGCCGAGUGUUCAAGAAAAUCGUGUCCUACCUUCAACAGCGAUCCUGUCAAGGUAACUAUCCUUCGGACAAUCUGUUGUCCUGGUUCUGCCGCCUGCAAAACCUUGAAGAAAACACUUUCCAUGCCAUAGUAGCCUCAUGGCUGCACUCGACCUUAACGGAUGAUGAGCCGCACUUACUCGCCAUCACUCUUCCUCCGCUUGUGAUUUCUGGAUGUCUGUCCUUAUCUCGAUUUGCGGAAACGAUAAGAAGUUGUAUACGACAUUUGCUCCCAAACCACCCAUCCGAAUCUCUUCGCGUUGCGGUCGAUGGCUUGAUGACACUUCUACCUGAGAACGUAUUGAGUGACCUUUUAUCACACCAACAGGCAUAUCAAUUUCGUACGAAACAAGCUGCCUUCUGUCAGAAACAAGACAGCGGUCUGCUGGAUCUUAUCAAAGAGGCAUUCGAACUGAGUGUCAUCAAUUCGACAUCCCAAUCCGUAGGCUCGCUUCCUCAUGUGCUGUCGGAUGAUCGGCUUGUGGGCGUAUUGAGACACUUUGCAACCGUCGACUUGCAAAGCGUGUCAUUCCUACUAGAGAUCUCCGGACCCGUGGGACAGUCCAUUGAGAGUCUACCUGUGGCAUUCAUCAAAUUUCUCAAGUCGAAUCUCGAGCUCGAUCACUCGUAUAUGCUAGAACUUGUGGCUGGGUUGGAUGCGAACCUCAAGAACCUGAUGUGUGAACAAGCAGAACAAGAAGUCUUGACUUUCUCGGCUUUUCUGUGCGACGUCACAUUGGACGAUAAAGAAGGCAAUUGCUUAGACGAGCUACCUUUCGUUCAUCGACUGCUAGAUGUUAUCUGCGCCACCGGAACGAGCAACGCAAGAAUAACGCAAGCUGCCCUUCUUGCCCCACUUAUUGAGAGGUUGAGUGCUUUACUUCGUCUUGUGGUUUGUCAAAGCCCAGACCUGAUAUUGAAAGCCAAUCAUCAACAUCAAGCUGCGCUUAUGUGGAAUCUUCGAAAUCUAUUGACACAUCCACAACUACAAGCUUUCCCAUCGACGACGCAGUACAUUUUCGACGUCUCGGUCUUACUGUCCGAUCACAUCUCUGAGGAUGUCCGGAAAAGCCUCAUCGGAUCCUCAAACAUAAAAUGCUGCUCCGACAAGCGAUGCGCAUUCAUGUAUGGACUGGACCCUCAAGAUGAUGGUUGGCUGGGCCUCACAAGGUCAUUGCAAAGAGCCGUCUCUCCUCAAAGACAGAUGCAGGCCUCUGACCCCACCCAGCCACAGAUGCAGAGUCAGCAACAGUCCAGCCCCGCGCAGUCGCGAAGACCGUCAAUGCAACAACAGCAACAUUCUCAAUCGCAGGGACGAUAUCCGCAGCAACAGCAACCCCACAAUCUACUUUCACAGCAACUUCAGCGGAUGGGAUCGAAUGGGCAGAACAGUUCAGCUUCUCAGCUGCAGCAGAUGCAACAGAUGCAAGCAGCUAUGGCGCAACAGCGCCAGAAUACAAUUAGUCCUCAACUACAAAGGACUCCAUCCGCCCAAAGCCAACCAAUGAAGGUAACGAAGAGCAGCGGUGCGAAACAGGAAAGAGUGGAUGCGAAACCUGUGCCGUACAAGUUAAGCAGGUGGGAAAUCCUCCCAGAAAGUGGAGGCAAUGUGAGUGGGAACGAGACUGCGAUCAGUCUCAGUUUAUUUGGGGCCAGGAAGGCCUGA